CGGGUGUAGCGAUCCCGAGGUACCCGAGCAUUUUAGGGGCCCAGUGUGAUAAGAGAUAAAAGGCAGAGACAAAGAAAUGUAGUUAUCGUAAGAAAUUAAAGAUAUAUAAGACCGUAUAACUUCUAGCUACAGAAGCUCGAAGUCGAGGAGGGAUGCAAAGUAAAAUAUCGUAACGUAAAAACUGCGAUACAUCGAAGAGCGUUGUAACCAGAGUUAUGUUCUCCGCGCUGCGAUAAAAAAAGAAGCAUGGAAUCGAGCGACAUCGGUGUUCGGCGGCCGCAGUUGACGUUUGGCGAAGGGCGCGAUAAGAUGGUCGGUAAGGUCGCGGAGCAGGGCGCGUGUACCUACGGAGAAGUCGCAAAGGACAAAGCGCCAGAAUCGAAGAGGGGGAAAAGAGGAGAGAGAGAGAGUGUCGGGCAGGAAGGGUGGCAGCAACCUCGACGACGAAGGUGGGCCGUUCCGAGCACGGGUGGCCAUGAAACGCCGAUAGACGAGGCGGGCGCGGUGGUCCUCCGCAGGGAGCCGGGGUUCAGCGGCGCGAUAGGCGGACGCGUUUCAGGAGGUACGCGGGAGAGCUCGCCAACGGUGUAGCGACGGUGGUGCAGCGAAUGAAAGCGUCGAAGGUCUGCUAUUGGCCGAGCUCGUCCAAUGGCAGGAUGGUUAGGUCUGGCCAGGGUCUGGCUGGGGGUCGGUUAGGUAGCCCCGCGAUCCCCUCUAGUCGACCGAGUGGGAGCCCUUCUCUCACACGCAAAAGGGGACAUCUCAUCACGACUCUUGGUAGCAGGCACUUCUCCGUAGUGGGCACUCCACUCAUCGUGUCGUCGUACGGGUUCUCCGCGAGAGGCUGUGGGGCCCGAGCCCGGACGAGCGAGCGAGCGAGCGAGCGAGCGAGCGCGACCGGCCGAGCCGCUGGUCGAGUGGGUCUAAGCGGCCGUGAGGACCUCUCCAGGAGUACCCGACAGUCCUCUCCAUUCAUUCAUCCAUCCAUCCAUCCAUCCAUCCAUCCAUCUAUCCAGCCAGCGAGCCAGUCAGCCAGCCAUCCAUAGACGCGCUCUCCUCUCCUACGAAGAGAGAGUGUAUCCUCGACGAAGGUGGAGGCGAACCCGUAGAGUGGUACAUCUACCAUCGUCUCUCUAUCGGCAGAGUCCAAGGACUCGAAGACCCCCCGGGUGAUUUCAGUCGGCCGCCGGCCGGCUCUGGCCGGCCACUAUCCUCGACCACGUGUGUGCCAUCGUUCUUCCCAUCGUGUCGUGUCAGUUUCGGUGCCGUGACGUGACGUGUGAUCUACCUGCCGGGCGAAAGCCUCCUUCGUCCUCCGAGGGUCGAGCGACUGCUCGUCCGGUGCGCGCGAGACCCUUCGCCAAGGAGACUCGUCGCUGCCACCACGCGGCGGACGCACAUCGAACCGUGCUCUCCUCUCCGUUGUUACAUUCGCGAACGGCGAUCUUAGAAGCCGAGGGACGCUCGCUGGUUGUCCUUGACCAUCGACCAGGUGGUGUGCUCCAGCCCUCUCGCGUGUCGAGCGUCGAGCAAGUGCCCUCUUCGAACGGAGAAAUGCGCCGGACGACGCGGUGUUGUCGUCGCUGGACGCGUCCAGCACCGGGUAUAGAGAAGAUGGACGCUACUCGCGAACUUUAUCGUAUCGGUUGACUCCCAGUGAUAUCCAAAGAAUCCAACGGGAACCAGUGUAAUAUCGUGCAGUUAGAGGAUUAUUCGGUGUGAAUGAUCAAAGUGCGACUGUGAACCCUCCGAACCGUGCAAAGUGAUCGGUUAACGCGAGACUUUGGCAUCCCUGAUCAAAUAAAAAAAAAAAGAAAAAAAGAAAAAAAGAAAAAAAAAGAAAGAAAGGAAAGAAAGGAAGGAAUUGAUUCCACGGAUCGUCUGACGGACGCCGCGUCCGAGAUAUUCGAAACAACGUCGAGGUCCGCGCGUCUGGCAGCGGUGGCAGGUUCGUCAUGUCGUUUUCUCGCGGUUAGCGCCGGCCUCAGGAUUCCGCGAAGCGCGAGCUUCAAGUACUUCGACGGCGCUGGCCUUGCCGAGAUGAGCGGUGGCAACGGCGGCGGCGGAGGCGGCGGAAACAACGCCGGGAACCAAGGAAACGGUAAUGCCACCAGCUACCACCAGCAUCAACAGCAACAGCAACAACAACAACAACAACAACAACAACAACACACUCAGCUGGAGCAGGCAAGCUUGCUGCCGGACGAUCUAAACGGUAUUGACCUGGCGGUGAACCUGUCGCCCAAACAGCACUCGUCCCACGUACAAGCGGCUGGCGGCGCUCAUACUAUACCGUUCAGUGUCAACAGCAUCCUGUCCCCGAACGACGAAUCGUACAGGAAGCUCGGUCAGGAAAUCGGCGUCGGCGUGGUCACGCAUCCUCAGGUCUCGCCUUACGGGAACGCGUGCGGCGCCCGAGUGGGCGGCAAUACCGGUAGCUUGAGUGCGAGCAGCGGCAGUCCACCGCUUCACGGAGGCUCGACGCCCGGUGGCGGCACUCCCGGACCGGUUUCCGGUGCCAACGACGCCGCCGGCCCCGGCAUGACCGCCAUGGGGAAUCCUUACGCUACCAUGCAGCUCACCUCUCAGUAUCAGUAUUGCGCCGCGGAGCUGUCCCCUUAUCACCACGCGGGAUCAGGGGUCGCGGGAGGUGCCACCGCCACCGAUCCCAUGAGGUCUCAUCAUCCCUGGUACGCGCCCGCCCCGCCGGCCACCAACGACCCCCGCUUUGCCAUCGCUUGUUCGUCUCCGCCCUCGGAUGAAAACAACCAGUGGUGCAUUGACGCUGCUUUAGAAGCUGAAUACCUCGUCUCGCGGCUGAUGGGCGCCGCGGCGGCGGGCGCCGGGUCCAACAUGGCCGGGUGCUCGGUGGGCCAGUCGAUGGGCGACGUGACCAAGUCCUCGGGAAUGGGAAUGGGCGUCGGCGUCGGCGUCGGUGUCAGCAUGGGCGUCGGCGGGAUGCAGUUUCCCCACCUAACCCAAAGACGAAAGCGUCGCGUUCUCUUCACCCAGCAGCAGGUUCACGAGCUCGAGAGGCGGUUCAAACAGCAGAAAUAUCUGAGCGCCCCGGAACGGGAACACCUGGCGUCCCUGAUCAAUCUCACGCCCACACAGGUACGUGCGCAACAUUUGUUUAGAUUCCUCUGUCGUCGGGAUAGAUUCUUACAUCGUUCAUUAAAGAUGGAUGACACGGAGUAUCGGGAGGGGGUAUUUAAUGAUCGGCGGACGCUCAGAUUUACCUUGGAAAAAAGUGGUACGUAAC